AUGGGAGACUCGAUUGUGGAGGUCAACAUGAAAAGUGGAGUUGCAGACGCACUGUUCCAGGGAGAUAUUGUCCUUACAAAGGAACAACAAGACCAAAUUGCUGCCGAUAUCAGCGGAACCCGCACUAAACGGCAAGCCAUUGAUACGAAAGGACCGAAAGGAUGGAAGGCAGAGUUAUGGUCAAAAGGAGUCCCAUACAUGUUUGAUUACUAUGCUAUAAACGAAGAGAUUAAAGAUGCCUUCCGCAAAGCAGCGCGAUUAUGGAUGGAGGACACUUGUAUUAACUUUACUGAAUACCAAAUGCCGGAUUGGAUGAAUGGAGAAAUUAUGAAACCGUCACCGCGUGAGACUCCUUUUGUUGCUUUCGAUCUUCAUUUCCCAUUCAUGGGAUUUUAG